AUGCCUCGACCGAUAGUCGCACCUGACAAAAGACGUCGUAUCGCCCAAGCCUGCGACAAUUGCAAGCGCAGAAAGGAAAGAUGCGAUGGCAGCCGACCGUGCAGCAUCUGCAUCCGACGACGAAGGGAAUCCGAAUGCCAGUUUUCCGAAACCCCUGCUAGAUUGCUGAGGGGUCCCCGGCAUCACAUUGCCAGCGAUGGAAGUCCCGCAAGUAUCAAUCAGACUUCCCCUUCAGUCAACGCGUCAAGGAUUCGUGGUGCGAGCGACGCGCCGCCACCACCUCAGCAAGCAAACAAUGGCGUACGAUCGAGUAUCCCGAGUCUGGGUGCCGUUUCCGAUCCUUCGCCAGUCAGCAUCACGUUGUCUGGAAACCUGAGCGAUACGAGUCAGGCCGAGAUGGCCAUUGAUCGCAUCUUGAAUGCCAGUGUUGACGAGCGGGGCGCGAGGGCUAACAUAGAAUCUCACUCUCGACCUGAGUCUGUGGCCCCGGUACCCAGAUUGGCAAGGUUGCUACGCGAUACUCAUGGCAAGUUCAUGUAUCUUGGCGACUCUGCUAGUCUGUCUUUCGUACAAAGCGUCAGACGUAUGGUUCUAUCUGCCAUCGGUGAAUGUGACUUCACGAACGACCCUCUACGCCAUCAGAUCGUCGAGUCAACACCUCAAAAUGCCAUGCAAUUACCAGAUAUGUCGCCCUUGCAAUUGGACCUCGAGGACUGUAAGCGCUUGUCACGGCAUUAUCUUCUUGCAACCAGCGGACUCAUUGAGAUAUUUGACGUGCCUACUUACUUUCGCUAUCUGGAUCAAUGGGUAGUCGACAAGGCUCGUGAUAACGAUCUCAAGUCUUCCAUAUUUUAUCUGGUACUUGCUAUUGGCGCACAAGUCUCGUCACCAGACGGUGAUCAAACACUUGCUGAGAAAUACUUUAAUCGCGGUCGACAUAUGGCUGUCAUGUCUCUUACUGACGCACCAAGCCUCCUGACAAUACAAGCCCAUCUUUGCAUCACAAUGUACAUGCUAGGAGCGUGUAGAAGGAACGCCGCUUUCAUGCAGUUUGGUAUUGCUGUCAGAGCUGCAUUCGCUUUAGGCAUGCACAAAAGCAGCACACAUACGUUGUUUGACGAUACAGAAGCAGGGGCCAGACGAAGAAUCUGGAAGAGUGUUCGCGUACUCGAUAUCUUCCUUAGUGCGUCGCUUGGCAGGCCUCCAGCCACAUCCGAUUUGUCAAUGGAUAGAGACAAGGAUAUUCCCGAGGAGGUAGCACAAGUGACUUCCACAGAUCCUUUCUCGACCAAGGUGCUGGCUCUUUGCGACAUCUUCGAGCGUAUCGUCAUUGACGUCUACAUGAAGAAAGCAGUCUCUACUCGCCUUGCGGACUCGAUCUCAGGCCAGUACAGAGAUUGGACCAGCGAUCUGCCAGAAUCUCUACAACUGGCAAAUCUCGACUCGAACGAGGAUGAUUCAGAGGCAUUGACCAAGGCUCUGGCUGCUAGUCACAUCAUCAGCGCUUACCACUGGUCCAUCAUCUUACUCACUCGACCAUUCUUGACUUUCCAAAUCAUCAAAGACAUGAGCAGAGCUGGUCAGAAUCUGGAGACCAAUGACCAGGUUGAGCAAUCCUCAAUCAAGACAUACGCGGACGCAUGUGUAGACUCAUCUCUAAGGAGUCUCAACAUCGCAUCAACACUCAUGCAAUACUCGUCACUUCCACACAGAUUACCUUUCAUCAUAAACUCCGUCUGCAAUGCCUCUCUAGUCCUCGGAGCCGCCACCUUUGCCGACCAAGACAAGUUCCUUCCUCUCGAAGAUGGCUUGNNGAAACAAGGAAUGCAGAUUUUGAAUCACUUUGCACAGUGGGAUCCUCAUGCUGCUCGUUACGCGCAAAUCAUCACGUAUCUGCAAGACGCCACGAAACAGUACAUCCGUCGACGCAGCGAGAAAUCUUUGGAGUCUCGCCGCAGCAAUGUCACUAGGCUUUUUGGCACGAUUGGUCAACAAGUGGCUGGUGCCGCCGAAGAGACUGUACAAGGACAACCUAUCGGUCUUGCACCUCCCACCAACGAUAUCAGCACUGCCAACCCAGUACAGUCUGUCAACAUCGACCCAUCAUUAUACACACGACCGGCACUGAUGACGGAUCUGUAUUCUAUGGUAAACACCCCAGGAAGUCUGCCUGGCCUGAUAGAAGGCGCCUUCUAUGCACAACCACAACCUGUGCCUGGAGUCAUGGCCGAUGGCUCAGGUUACCAAGACGAUUCUUACUACUUCCUGGACCAAGACUUAUCCAUGUUUGGAUUCUGCUGA